GUGAUACGAACCCAUUACAAACCUUUAUUUCUGCAGGUUACAAAACACAGACACAUGGCUUGUGUAACUCGGAAUCAGCUGUUCUUUGGUAACCGGUGGAGAGGAGGUGCCGGCUGGAUUGAGCUUUUGACUCUGUUAGACGAUCAGAACUUUAUGCAGCAUUCUACGUGAUAUAUCGUCACCUUGCAUUGGAGAUGCCUCCGUCAGCGGCUGGUGCACAGGACAGCAAAGCCUUGGUGAGACAGCUGUUGAGAGAAGUGCUGGUGGGUCGAGAGGAUCCAGAGGGGUUCUUUGCGAUGUGUGUGUCCGUCCUGGGGCAGCAGGAGACCCGCACACAGUUCCAGUCCCUCAUCCAGCCCCUGUCCACGGCCAACAGAUCCCUGCACUGCAGCCUCACCUCCAUCUACCUGGAAUAUUUCUCUAAGACAGGAGAUGAUGACCUGGAAUUUGCACUGGCGCUGUCAGUACUGGAAAUGAAAGAUCCCCAGCUGUCAACCUGCAGUGAAGAAUCCACACUUCAGCCGCUUGGAGCCAAAGCAAAUCAGAGCAGCUCUGUUCAACUGACCUCAGCAUCUCAGCCUCAGGGAAGCAGCAGCCGCACCCAGCGAGCAGAUGUAGGUGGCGGGAGAAAAAAAACCCAAUCAGUGCAAAAGGGACCCCGGGGCGUGAUGUGCCUACCGCAGACAACCCAAGAGACUGAGCUUCAGAAGAGCACACAUGUUGACAAAUGUAAUAAAGAGACACCAGGGACAAGUCAAAGCGUGUGUGUAUCCAAACCAUAUGCCUCAUUUUUCAAACAAGAGGCAGUUUUAAAAGGUGACCAAGAGGCAGUUUUAAAAGGUGACCAAAUGACAGAAGGAGGAGAUUCAAGCAAUCAAUCGGAGAAACCAAAACGCUCUAGGAACAGGAGAAAGCGGCGGGAAGGGGGUGGCCAGCAGGUUGUAGGUAUGCCCACCUCUCCAUCAGCAUCACCACCAGUACUGCUGUGGUUUAGGAGGGAUUUGCGACUGUGUGACAAUCCCGCUCUCAUUGGCUCACUGGAGAAUGGGGCACCUGUCAUCCCUGUUUUCAUCUGGACCCCUGAAGAAGAGGAGGGACCAGGAAUUACUGUGGCUAUGGGGGGAGCUUGCAAAUACUGGCUGCAUCAAGCUUUGUCCUGUUUCUCUUCAUCUCUGGAGCGCAUUGGCAGCCAUCUUGUCUACCUUAAGGCAAAUGGAGUGGGCAAUGGGGUGGGCUCUUCUCUGCGUACCCUUACGGAGCUGAUAAAGGAGACUGGGGCGAGAGCAGUGCUGGCUAAUGCCCUGUAUGAGCCCUGGCUGAAGGAGAGGGACGAUGCGGUGGUGUCAGCUCUGCAGAAAGUUGGUGUUCAAUGCAGGAUGUUCCACUCUUACUGCCUCAGAGACCCUUACUCUGUCAGCACGGAGGGUGUGGGACUCAGAGGAAUAGGUUCAGUGUCUCACUUCAUGAGCUGCUGUAAACAGAACCCAGAGUCUGCCCUUGGGGUUCCCCUGGAUCCUCCUGCAUUUCUCCCCACACCUGCCAACUGGCCUCAGGGUGUUUCUUUGGAUGCUCUGGAGUUGGCACUCAUGCCUCGCAGGAGGGACAGCACAACGAUUGACUGGGCAGUUAACAUUCGUAAGUCCUGGGAUUUCAGUGAGGAAGGAGCACAUGCCCGGCUAGAGGCCUUUCUUCAAGAUGGUGUGUAUAGGUAUGAAAAGGAGUCAGGCAGGGCUGAUGCUCCGAACACCAGCUCUCUGUCUCCCUACCUUCACUUUGGUCAGCUCAGCCCGCGCUGGUUGUUGUGGGAUGCCAAAGGGGCCCGCUGUCGACCCCCAAAGUUCCAACGGAAGCUGGCCUGGAGAGAUUUGGCCUAUUGGCAGUUAACAUUGUUUCCUGACCUCCCCUGGGAAUCCCUCAGACCUCCAUACAAGGCUCUGCGGUGGAGCACUGAUCGUGGCCACCUGAAGGCCUGGCAACGUGGUCGAACCGGCUACCCUCUGGUGGAUGCAGCCAUGAGGCAAUUAUGGCUGACAGGCUGGAUGAACAACUACAUGAGACAUGUGGUGGCAUCGUUCCUCAUAGCAUAUCUCCACCUGUCCUGGCAAGAAGGCUACCGUUGGUUCCAGGACACCCUAUUGGAUGCAGAUGUUGCCAUAGAUGCCAUGAUGUGGCAGAAUGGGGGCAUGUGUGGUCUGGACCACUGGAAUUUUGUCAUGCACCCAGUAGAUGCAGCAAUGACAUGUGACCCCUACGGCAGCUACGUAAGGAGAUGGUGUCCUGAACUUGCGGAUCUGCCUGAUGAGCUCAUUCACAAACCCUGGAAAUGUCCUGCGUCUAUUCUUCGGCGUGCAGGUGUGAUAUUUGGUCAAACAUUUCCUGAUCGAAUAGUUACAGACCUAGAGGAGCGAAGGAGUCAGUCUCUGCAAGAUGUUGCUGUGGUGCGGAGAGAGUUUGUGCAGUACGUGGACAAACGCUCAGGCUGUGACUUGGUGCCUCUGCCCCCCCGCCUCGUCUCGGAGGCCUUGGGCUUAUCACACAGGAAUGGUGGUCAGGUGACAGAAGUGAAGCAGUUCCUGUUGCCCGUUAUAACCCGCAUGGAAUUUAAACACCAUCAAGAAGAUCCGGACGCAGACGCCGCCUCAAAUCCCUACAAUGCUGUUCUCAAGGGAUAUGUAAGCCGCAAAAGGGAUGAGACCAUUGCCUUCCUCAAUGAGAGAGACUUCACUGCCAGCGUGCUGUACGAAGGAGCGCAGAGAAAGGAGAGGCUGGAGAGCAACUAUCGCAGAAUGGAGGGACUCCCUCAGCCUCCUGCACCUCAGGGCAGAGCCAGACGGACUCCAACAGCCAAGGACCGGUUUUCCUUAGUGCCUGGUGGGGCUGUCACUUCACUUAGGUGACCCAGAGACCCAGCAAUCAAGACUUAAAGUUUACAGGUUAAAAGAACCCAGACAGUUACUUGCCUCAACAUGCACAUGUAAAAUGUUACAGGAGACAAUAUUUAGCUUUGAGGAAAUGAGUUAGUGUCGAGAAAGUUACUCAAAAGUUUGUGAUCAUGUUUCAAAAGCUGAUGCCUCUGGUUCGUGAUGACAAGUUGCCUUCAGUUUCUUUGUGGAUCAUUUUCAAAAUGACUAGUUUAGUUUGAAAGCUGAUGAGGUGUUCGUGGGUUUCAGUCUUAUGCUCUGAAAUUUGUUUUUGGACCUACUGUUUUGUAAAUAUUUGUAAAACGGGUUCUGACUUGAGGCUUUUUUUGCAGUUAUUUUUAUUCAUAUAUCAUGCAUAUCAUCUGAGAGAAACAUGACAUGCUGUAUUUUUUUACUUUGGGAAAUAAAGAAUGAGAAGACAAAUCAAAAUGAUUAAGGAACUGUUUAUUUUCUAUUGUACAGGUCCAGUGUUUACAAUAUAGCUGUCAUACAUGCAAUGUAGACCAA